AACAACAAGGAACAGCAAAUGAUGGCGAGCAUGACCCUAACAACCUCAGUUCCCAAAUUCCGUCAAAUUGGAUCCUCGGUAACGAGAAGAUGCCUCAGAAGUUUUGUCACCGCUGCCCCAAGACCUCUACAAGCAAGCGCCAAACAAGAGGCUUCCGAUGCUUGCGACAAGGCCAGCAAUACAGCGAAGCAAGUGGGCAGAGAUAUGAAGAGGACUGGCGAAGAAAUGAAAGAUAAGGCCUGCUCUACAACGGAACAGAUGACGCAGAAGGCCAAAGAGGUCACGGGCAAGGUAUCAGAAACAGCACAAGACCUUACAGAGAAAGCAAAAGAAACAGCCCAAGAGGCAUGGGAAAUGACCAAGGAGACAUCCCAGAAGAUCAAGGAAACAGUGAUCGGAAAGAGCGAAGACGCGAAGGAAUCCAUCAAAGGAAAUGCCCAGAACGCCAAGCGUUGCAUGAACAGAAAGGAUUAAUCUGUUCUUCUUGCUCUUCUGCAUGUUUAACCACAUCAGCAACACCCCCUAAUAUUAAUGUCUUUUCUCGAUUUUUUUUUUUUUUGAUUGAAUGGAACAGAUCAGAGUAGUUUUUACUCUUCUCCGGAUUUAUUAAUUUGUAUG